AUGUAUUCGUCGAAUGAUGAUGCUCUUCUUGAUAUUUCGAUUUUACCUAAAGAUAUUUUUGAACGCGUCGAUUGUGAAUUUUAUGAUGCCGUUAAAUCAGUAGCAGGUGAUUCGUUGGUUAAAAUUUUGAAAAUGCAAUUAAUUAAUUCUGCUGGAAAAUUGUUAAAUACUCCUGAUGUAUUUGCAUUUCUUAAUUUUGAUUCAGAAGAGACCGGUGCUCUUAAACUUGAAUCAUGUUUUAAAUCUAAAACUGGACAAUUGGUUGUGAAGCCAGAUAUUCAAAGUAGUUCUUCAUAUCUUAUAAAGUUAUUGAAGAAAUCAUUAAAACAAAAACAGGAAUCAACAUCAAAAGAAAACAAUGACAAUUAUCAAAAUUAUAUAACUGAUGAAUUUCUUGAUAAUCAUCCACUGUUAAGAUCACUUAUUAAAAGAUAUAGUGAACCAAUUAAAAAUUUUGCAGUAUGUUUAUAUGUUUUAGGUGGCAAACAGGCUUAUGAAUUUAUUCGUUUGAAUCUUUAUGGAUCUAUUCCUAAUGUAGCAACCCUUGGUGAUUUAAUUAAAAAUUCAGACACCGCAUUUAAUACCACUGGUGUAAUCCGUAAAGUUAAAUAUGAUUCUAAACCAAAUUCCUUCGUCGGAUUUGCUACACCAAUUGAUCAUGGUGUUCCAUUAUCACAAUUUUAUCGAGCUGAUACAUUUAAUGAUUUAAAAACAAUUUAUGAUACAAAUGAAAUAGCACCGUUAUUGAAUGUGCAUAUGUUGCAAACUAUACCAACUGAAGAUGAUGCACCAUGCAUUCCUGGGCCAUUGUUGUUAUCUGCGUAUGGUGUUGACAAUAAAAUUACUGCAACCAAUGUUUUGAAUCGAUGGAUGUAUAUUUUUCAACAUUGUUUCGAAAAAAACGUUCGUAUCAUAUGUUUUUCCACAGAUGCCGACAGAAGAUAUGCAAGCGCUAUGCAACUUGCAAGUGGUUUUUUUGCAUCAUUGUCAAAUUUACAAUUAGAUAUGCAUCAACAUGCAUUUCGAAUAGAUCUACCAAAACAUUGGACGUGA